AUGGCCAGCUCAGCCAAAUUGCGGGCAGCCCGGGAAUGGUCACAUCUGACAAAGUACACCAACGGAAAGACGCUCGAUGGAAAAUUCACUGAUUUCAUCUUGAACAACUGUCAAACAAACAAGCAGGACAUAAAUAUCGUACUCAAUUCCCUCGCUGGCGUCUCGUUCAAAGGCGAAACGAAUGAAGCUAUCUCCUUGGACGGCAAGUUCACCCGGUACCGGCGACUGCAGGAGCUUUGGACGUUCUUUAAUAAGGUUAAAGACGAUGACGAUGUCAAGGCUUGCAUGCCCAAAUGGAUUAAGCUCUUCAUGAGUUGCGAGGAUGUUGACAUGAAGUGGGGAGCAACAAUGAGAAAGGAUGCAGUUGGACAAAUUGAGGCCUCUAUCGAUAGAAUCAGUUUGGCACUUGCUGUCCCGAAUCCGUUCGGUGGCACCGGCAAUCUACAGGCUACAGGAUCCAUCAAAAAGGCGGUGGGAAAGAUCUUCAAGGCCCAUUCUAGCGAAAGUAAGAUCUUUGCUAUUCAGCUGAGGAGUGUCACAAAAGGGUUUAUCUUGAAACAUAACCAACUCAUUCUGCAGAUCGGGGCUCCCAGUGUGGACAGAGGAUAUGUUCCAGGCCAUGAUGGGGAUGCUGAUGAUAGUGCUAUCCCGGACGAGCUUUUCCUCGUGGAACCUGAGCCCGAUUGA